UGGCCCUGGCCUGGGCUAUCGCCGGCGAGUGGCACGCGAGAGCCAGAGCUCUCCAGAUCAACGCGGAACUGCUAAGUUGUUUCGCACUUCUUGGGGAAAACAUUGCGGAAGUACCGGUAAUUGUAGCGUGUAUAGCGAAGAUGCUGCUGCUACGAGAAUGUCGAGCUCCUUGUCGAAAAGUAAAGCCGAGUCCGACCAUUCUGACGGACAGUAAAGCGCUCCAUUCGACUGCCACGGCGUUCUGUAAAAGCGCGAGGAAUCGCACAGGGCACACAGUCCGAGCUGCAGCCCUGCCGACGACAGCAAAGUGGAACUCCGCAACUGGAUGAGCUAGCUCACGGCGCGCACGAGGCCAACCCCAGCCGAGACAGGCUUCUUAUCACCUCCGCAAGCUAUUCCGUCGUGGCCAGGGACAAGCACACAGGCAAGUCACCUCAUCAAAGAAAUAGUUCUCGUAACUGCUGCGGUGUGGCGGCGUUCCUUGGCCGUUCAGGCUUUUGUCUUGACUCCCGAACAACAGGCAAAACGCCGGUACGGCCGGGCCGGGCAGGAUAGACUCGACAGCAACAUGUAGAGAGGUGUGUCGGGGGCAUGUCCAACGCGCGCACGUGAACUGAAAGGCAAAGAACGCGACUACACCGCUGUGUGCAUGUGUCACCGGCGUACCGGUAACUCCAACAACAGACUACACUCUCUACAGUCAGACGACAGUGGCCGUGACCUGGUGACAGCAGCGACUAAACAACUGGCAAGUCGACCCGACGCAAGAUCAAGCGGAAGCUGCCACCAGAUUCCAGAAUCAAACUCACCCAGGUCUCAGGUGCCAUGUCGGUAGCAACGGUCAAUGCUGUCAACACGCUCGGCGGCACUGUGCAGGAUGUGAGCAGACUCAGGUUUGCUGAACAGGCGAUGCUGAGCCGUUACCAGAGCACCAGCAGCAGCUCAUGCGCAGAUGAGACCAGUCAUGAGCAGCACGGUGGUGAGGAGGAUGCACACAAUGCCAGCAGCAGCAGCAGCAGCAGCAGCAGCACAGUGCCAGAUGAAUACUGCGAUGAAGCACAGUCUACAGCACACACAGAGUUUGUGCACGUGGUGAGCAGGGAGGUCGAUCUUCUGGAGCACGUCCUGAGCUUCUGCAGCGACGCCGAUAUCGUGAGCAUUGCCCAGACCUGCACAUUCAUGGACAGGAAUUGCCAACGCAUGCUGAACAAGCGCAAGCAAGCCUGGCGCAGGCGACUGCUGCAGCCUCGAGCGGAUGGAAAAUGUCGCACGGCAGAGUACGCCGUCAACUUGGAUCAACUGCUGCGCAUCGGUAGACUGGUUGAUGCACAGCGCGACGCUACGAACACGUCCAGUGCCAUCACGAUGAGUCAACUGGAGGACAUCUUGCAAGUGGGCACCCAACUGCAAUACACCACACACCUGUUUGACAUAGUGCACAUCACCGAGUACGACUCACUGUCAAAGAUCAGUCUGAUAGCGGUGCUGAGCCAAGGCCAGCAACAACUGAGUUUCUAUCGCAUGGUGUGGCGCUCGGCACACGGCCACCCGUUCCAUCUCUUCCCGAAAGAAACACACAGAGUGGCAGAGAAGCAGAGCGCCUAUCGCCAGUUCUUCGCGCCGUACUUCGCCACAAACUGCCGCCGUCUCUUGCCCUGCUAUGCAGUGCUGCCGGAAAGCAGCACCGUCGUGCAGGGCUGGCGUGACCAGAAGCCAAGCGUCGACAAGGAGCUACUACCACGCCAGCAGAUGCUGAUCGGCAUGUUCCCGGUGGAUCGGCUCAAUCUCAUUCUGGAGUUGUGCACGGGUUACGAAGGUGGGCACACACUACACGAUGACACCGUCCAGCAACAGCAACAGCGACUAGUAACGCCUCGCCUCAUCACGCCGGCACGUUUCUACAACGCCCUGGAGUACUGCGACGGCCAGCACCAGCACUUGUGGUGGGUGUAGGGACGGGUGCUGGACAUCAACCAAGCACGGCAGCGUGACAAAAUACUUCCUUGCCAUUACCAACGCGUCCUUUGCCUGACUCAAUUGCUCAUGUGGAUAGCUAGAAUCAAGCAUCGCAUCUCUUGUCCUGUAAUGAUAACAAGCCAUGUCGCGAUUUCUGCAAUGCGAGCAGAUCCAAGAGAGGCUGUUCAAACCGGACAGGACCAUUUCUGAACUGCUUUACGAGUAUACUAUCUAGAGGCCUAUCCAAGUGUAUGUCUUGAGUCUUGAGUCUUGAGUCUUGACUGUGUAUACAGUUAUAGAGAAGCAAUAUCCCAGACACAAGCCCACAUGCUUCCUACAAUAAUUAUAGACAUGUUGAUAGUAGUUGAUGUUGACGGUGCGUGUUUUUGGCCGUAAUGCCUCAGGUCAGCAGAGCCACCAAUGCCCCACCAUCACUGCUGCGUCUCGGUGCAGCCCCUGCUCAGUAGUUGUCACGUUUGUCCUCAUCUCAGUACCAUCAGUACUAUAGUCUUUCUUUGUUAUCUUCGAGCUGGGAAUGUGAACAUAGUAAUAAAAAAAAAGUAUAAACAAAGUACAUGAAUCAGUUUCCUCUGAGACAAGAAUACGAUAAGGCCACACCAAGUCAUUUCUAUGUUUCGCGUUACCGCGCGCGUACCUUUUCGAAUCCUUGACACGGAAAAAAACUCCGAGACAAGUCAAUCGAUGGCUGUUCUGGCGAACAUUCUCUAGCCAGUAUGGCAGAGCAGAGGUUAUCAGCUUCUCGAUAAUCUUGCAUUCCAGGCGAUGGUACGUAGAAGGUGCGAGAGAUGACAAUUUCUAUUUUCCUAGCCCUACGAUACUGCCUGUUCACCAAGCGAGCGGAGAUUCCAGGUGUCAAGGACUUCGAGAUUUUCCACGAUCGUGAUGGA